AUGCAUUCAUUUUUCAACAAGUUUAUCACACGGAAUAGCUCCUUGAGACAAUUUGUGAAGCAAUACGAUAAUUGCCUAGCAAGCAGAGAGCAAGUAGAGAGAGAAUUUGAUGCUGCAGAUUUUUACACCGUGAUACCGUGCGCUACAAAAUCAGCAAUAGAGGCACAAUUUCAGCAUGUAUAUACCCAUGAGAAAUUCAGGAAAGUUCAAGCUCAAUUCAGAGUAUCACGAGAUGUGAAGUGCCAUUGCUUGCUGUUUGAAUCUAGGGGCAUAUUGUGCCGCCAUUUGCUAAGCAUCCUAAGCUUUGAGCGAGUGGAUAAUGUGGCACUGAAAUACAUAUUGGAACGCUGGAGCAAGAAUAUAAAGGGGAGGCAUACACACAUCAAGAGUAGCCAAGAUGAACCUCUAUUGGAGUCGAGGAGUAAGAGAUUUGACAAAUUGGUGUUUCGAUCGCACAAUAUAUUUAAAUUUGCAUCCGAGUCUAAAGAGUUGACCGGAAUUCUACACCGAGCAUUUGACAAGGUCAUGGCGGAGUUGGAAGAAUAUCAAGAGAGAAGCAAAGCAAAAAUUUUGUUAACGCACGAAGAAGCAACAUUAAGCAAUGUAAAUGACCUUCAAAGCCCACCACGUGUCAAAACAAGAGGUCGGCCCAAGAACAGACUUGGAUCAAACCUGGAAAAAAAGAUCUCAAAUGUCAUGAAGAAAAAGAAAAAGACAGGUCCAAGCGAGGUAAACUUGACUUGCUUUUGA